AUGAGUAAAGUUCCGAAAGUAAUUCUCAGCAGACACGCGUUUCUCGGCUCAACACCAGCAGCCAGCGAGUACCUCCAUGUGCAGAACAUGUGCAGGGGUGGGUUUCCUCCUCUCUGAUUUUGAUUGACAGCUGGCAGGAUAGUCUGAUUGGCAACUGAGAACUGAGUCUGAUUGGCAACUGAGUAAAGGACAAAGGUGAUUGGUGGAUCGCUACAUAGCACAUGCAGAGUCACAUGCAGUGUAUCUCAGUCAGUUACCCUUGAAAUUAACUGAGUUCAUUCACCUCCGACAUCGCAGGCUCUGCAAUGUGACUAUCGCACACACGUAUAUCGUGCAGGCCUACAAGAGAGAGAAAAAACAUACAUUUUUCUGCGGUAGGCUCGGGUCCGUAUUGGACUCUUUCCUGGUCCGGAAGUGGACCGCGGUCCGCCAUAUGGAGACCACUGACUUACAUGAUUCAGGUUUUCUUGUUGUCAUAUUUUGUCCCGAAAGUUGUAAAUACAACAAUUAAUUUGGUGUAAAUGAGUUUGUCCUUCAUUUAUGACAGAAUUUUGGGGCCAUAGGAGGAAAAAAAAAAAAGAUUUUAAGAUUAAAGUCAUUACUUAUGAGAAUAAAGUAAUUAUUAAUGGGAAUAAAGUCGUAAACUUACAAGAAUAAAGUCUUAAAGCUGCUUUUGUGGAGGGGGAAAUGGCUGGAACUGGGCAAGUGCAGGGUUAUCAUGGAUGCAUCAUCAGACCAUUCAGAGGGCUUUUGUGGUUUGUUUCCCAAAAAACAAUCCAACUGAUCAACAUUUGUGAUCCAGAGGGAGUCAAGCUCCGGCCAACAGUAACCUGCACCUGCUAAGGCCUCAAUACCUCAUGGCAUAUAGACUCAUAUGAUAACCUAAAGCUCUAUGCUAUUGCUAUUAACAGCUGCAUUGACAGAUUUAGCCUCUGUACAGCCAUUUCCAGCCAUUUUCCCCUCCACAAAAGCAGCGAUUCCCUCAAAGUCCACCUGUUUUUUUCUGUGGAAAUGAUGCAUUUCUUAUAUAUUAUUUUUAAAAUUUUGAUACUCUAGACAAUGUUAUGCUGAUGUACCAAAGGAUUAAGUAUCUCCAUGUCUGUCAAACCUAUACUGAAGUACACUUCAUCUAAAUGCUCCACAGCCCUCAUUUUAACUACUCUUCUCCACAACCGGUAACUUUACUACUCUCAUGUCAUGUUCAUCUGUUUGUUUUUAACAGUCUGAUUUCCACUGCUCAGACUCUCAGACUCCGAACCUGUUUCAUAUCUUGUAAUAUUAAUUGCAUUUUUUUCCUUUACAUUGUCUUCCAUCCUUCUUAAUGUGAUCCAGGAACCAAAGAGGAGACUCUGGUGGAUGUCUUGACCCACAGAAGCAGCUCUCAGAGGCAGCUCAUCUGUGCAGCUUAUGAAGAGGCCACAGGCAGAGUAAGAAAUCUGCUGUCAGUAACACACGUUCUGUUAUAAUCUGUAUUCAGCUUUAACAACACAACACUGAGUCUGUAGUAUGACCUGUUCUGAGAGAGGCAGAUCAUUCUUCCUCAUUAGGGCCUCAUUUUACAGAACAUAAGUUUAAACUCACAGGAAAUCUGUCUUUACAAUUCACAUUAGUUUGUUUGAUGGUUAAAAUAUUAUGAUAACUAUAACCACUCUGUGGGCCUUCUGAUGACCUGCAGUCAAAGUCUGGACAGGACAAGUAUAAGGGAAAAGACAGAUGGGUUUGACUGAGGGAAGAAUAGACAACCUUCUUAGAUUUGACUGUAAAACAUGCCACAAACUGAGGAACAAACUCACCCUCUAAGUGAAAAAUGUUUAGGUUUCCAUUGUAACACAACAAACAUUUCUGCAAAAGGGAAGUAAUGCAUACCCUGCCCUCAGUUUAUGCACAGCGAGGUGAUGUUGAAAAAUAAGCACAUGCACUUUGAGAUGAAUAAAUAUUUCAGUUACACAAAUAUCAUAAUUGCAGAUUAAGAAGUAGAGAGGUAAGAGGAUAGGAACGACAAAGGGUUAAAUAUUGACUAAAUAAAAAUGAGUUACUCUGAUUUUUAAUAGACAAAUGUUUUCAACACAGCUAAUUUCCAUCUCCUUCGAUUAUGAUCUCUCUGUGUGUGAAACUUUAAAGUUUUACCUAAAGUGAGUCUGUGCUUGUGUGUACAUUUGCACUCGUGUGUGCUCAUGUGUGUAUGUGUGUGUUCAGAUGUUGGUGGAUGACCUGAGAGGAGACACUGGUGGGGACUUUGAGGACCUGUUGGUGGCUCUGGUGACUCCCCCUGCAGCGUAUGACUGUCAUGAAUUGAUGAGAGCCAUGAAGGUCAGAGGUCACUCUCUCUGUCUGUCCUGAGCUGUUUGAAUUUAUAUGUCAAUGUUGGAGCUUCUGAAUGAGAGAUAUUUCUUUAAAUAGAGAUGCCUUUUUCUGAUGCCUGACUCUGUAAAAAAUUCUUUACUGAUUUUUUUUUUAAUUCUCUCUUUAUUGAGACAAGUUUCAUUACAUGUAACAUUUAAAUUUUGCACACACUCCCUUUUCAUCUCUCUUAUACAUGAUAUCAUUUUUACACAAAAUGAAAAUACAAGGCACAAGGAAGAAACAUGAACAUAUCUAAUAAUUUUAAAAUUGUAGCUAUGAGCCAUGGGUAUCUUCAAGAGGUAUAUUUUGUUUUUGUCUAUUCUCAGUUAAAAUCCAGUCUUAUUGGCGCUAUAAAGUGAAUCAAGUUUUUCCACACAACCUCAAAGUUGUCCCACUCCAGUGUGAUCUGACUUGCCCAGUGGUGGUAAGGCAGUGGCUCUGUCGGCUUCUUUGACUUUGGCAUACAGCAGAUCCAGGGUUUUGUUUUCACAGGUAGGACAGUUCACAAACUGUGUGAAUCCAGUCAGGUGAGAGGAGAGGGUGACAUGGUUGAAGUCUCCCGAUAUUAUUAAUAGUGCCUCAGGGUGUUGAGUCUAUGGCCUGACAACACUAUUUUGCAAAACAUCGCAACAUUCUUCAGUUAAUUUGGGUGGAAUGUAAACAACUACUGUUAUGAUAUGAUUUGAUAAGAUGAACUCUAACCAGCCUCAUGUACAGCUCUUACAGUUACCACUGUUGGUAGUUAAAAAUCAACAAAAAUAUGAUGGGGGGAAUGACGAUUUUAUCCAUGUUUACAAUAUUCAAGACCCACGUUAUUCAACGUGUUGACGUCAGACACCUGCCGGCCAAAUGACCAAUCAAUGUAAACUACAGAGACACGCAAAGCAUGUAGUUGCUAAACCAAAUUUAUACAAUGUAACAAAAACACAGACCUUGGUUCGGACCUUGGUCUGGACUUUCAGGUGUGAACACACCCUUAGAUUUGGCAUAAGUGCCUGAAAAGAUAUUCUAGGCUUUGUUAAAUACAUCUGAACAUCAGGAUGUUGUCUGCAAAUAAUCCUAUUUUCUGAACCCCUCCAUUCAAAUUCAUGCCUUUUUUGUUUUAAUUUUGUUUUAUCAAUUGACUCAAGGGUUAAAAAAAAAAAAAUGCAGAAAAGGAGAGGACUGUGUAAAAGAAUUUGACAGACUCCCAUUUAUCUUUAUCAUAGCUGCUGGAUUAUUGUAUAAAGCUUGUAUAGUUCUUAUAAAGUUCUCAUAAAAGUUCAAUUGCUCAAGCACUGUGUAUAAAAAGUCCCACCUCACAGAGUUGAAUGCUUUUCCCGCAUACAAACCUAUGAUUAUCACUUCUACCUGUUUGUCUUUGGAGGAAGAAAAGAGAGAAAAAUGAAAUAUAUAAAUACAUCAUUAAAUAAAUACUUAAAUGUGUUAUUAAUUAAAAUGGGAAUUUAAUACAUAAAUGUGUCAUUAAAUGUGUCAUAAAUUUAUUAAAAUACCAGUUCAUUUAAUGUAAAAACAUAUAUAAUUAUUUCACUGUUUUAUUAAUUAUUUCAUGGACCUGUGUUGCAGUGCUUCAUGAAUAUAUUUUAGCUGUCAAACUCACCUGUCAAAGUCAGUGGGCGGGACUAAUCUAGUGUGAUCCAUUGCUUUGGUCUGAAGCAUGGAAGUCAUUCAAAACACAGGGGCUACGGAGGAUCUGCUCCAACUUACUCAGGAGUUGGUUUUAGAUAUUUUAGACCUUUUGGAGUAUGUGGAAGCCUUCAUCCACCAGCUCUAAGUCUACAUCAAAGGUCCCAAAGGUAGAUGCUAGAGAGUGUGAACUCAAUAAAGAAGUUUUAGAGGGCUGGGCUAACCAUUAUCAGGGGCGGUGCCACCAACAUGUCGGACAGGCAUAUGCGAUAUGCGGUUAUGUCAUCAUAGCUAUUUGUGUGUGUGGGUGGAGGGGGUGGUUGUGUGUGUAUGUGUAUGUGUCUGUGGGUAUAUAGACUAUUAAAAAGAGGUCUAGUGGGGGAGAAUUAGCAUGGAAAAAAAAUACUGAAUGUUCAAGAGGAAUAGAAAUAGCAACAGUAAUACUACUACUACUACUACUAUUACUACCACUACCACCACUUCUUCAACUGCUACUACUACUACUGCUAUUAAUAAUGAUAAUAAUUGUAAUAAUAAUAUAAUAAUAAUGGCAAUAAUAAAAAUGGUAAUGCCAUAACCUUUUUUAUUAAUUUGUAAUUUCCCACCUUCGUAGCUUUUUUCCCUUCCUUUUUUUCUUAUCCCUUUUUUCCCGUGCCAUUAACAUAAUUGAUAUAAACAUGAUUACUGUUUAUAUAACUCAGCAUGAGAAAAAAAAAACAUGACAACGAUAUAAAAUUUAUUAAAUGUUACAAUAAUCUGAAUGAUCUAGUAAUACAAACUAAAUAUAUUAUACAUGAUAUGAUAAUUUAUAUGAUGUUAUGAUAAAAUAUAAAUAUCCCAUCCAUGGUAUAACAAUGAAUUUCAAAUAACAUCAUUAUAGUAUAGUUGUCAGGUUCACGUGGACAUACUUAACAAUUAGGAGGAUUCAAGAACACAGAAGAGACCAAAAAAGGUUUUACUUGACCAAGGAAAGAACGGUUGAGGAGAACUGCUCAAGUUCUCAGUCAGUCCCUCUCUGACCAGUUCUUCCACAAGGGCAUCCUUUAUUUCAUGAUUAUUCAUAGUCAUUUACUUCUGCAAACUUCUGCAACCGUCAACUAUGCAAUAGUUUCUUAAGUCUUACAUAAUGAGAAACAUAAGCAUUCUCAUGUCCCUUUGCACAAGACAAGGCACAAAAGUUCAACUGUUUCAUAUCUCUUUGCAAAACACAAAAGUUCAAAUCAUCUAAAGCAUGAUAACUUAUUUACAGAUUAUUCCAACAAUAGUACUAAUGAAACAAAGAUAAUCAUAUAUUUCUUUUGUGUUGUUGACAGCAUAGUAGAAUACUGUGUAGUAGUCGCCACCAUCACCAAAGUAGAUAGACUGGUAAAUGUAUUAAAUUUUGGAUGACAGAAAUAUACUUUUUCAUAUUUAAGCUAGUAAGAGGAAGUGAGAAGCCAGACAGAAUCAUGAUCCUUGCUGUUGUUUGAGUAUGUACUUUUAAGGGAAAUGUGGUCAGUGAGCUGGUUUUUCCAGUGUUUGAUAUGGAUAGAGUUCCUUGAUUUCCAGUUUAUGAGGACAGUUUUCUUAGCGAUAGUUAGGGCUGUGAGGAGUAAUUGACAGUGUGUUUUAUCCAGUUUCAUUGCUGCUAAUUCUCCUAGCAGACAACAGGAAGGUGAUGAUAGAAUGUGGCAGCUCAGAAACAGGGAUAGUAUGUCUGUGACAUUUUUCCAGAAGUGACUGACAGGUGUGCAGUACCAUUAUCCAAGUGGGGGGGGCUGUACUGUGUUGAUGUGCCACACUCACAGUGCCAGAUCGCAUGGAUGUAAGUGUCUGUGAAAAUCCCAUUUUAAACAUUUCAUGACCGGUGACGUGAGUUCUGUGAAGUACUUUGUAUUGUAUAAGUUUUAAAUUGGGAUUGGAGGUCAUGAAGUAAAUAUUCUUGCAAAUUUGGGUCCAGAAGUCCAGAACCCCUUAAUUGAUGGGAUGCAGCUGAGAUUUGUUCAGGACACACCUGAUGGGGUACCUGACAGGCUAGAAAAUAAGCACCUUAUUUUCGCCUAGGUGGUGCUAUGCAAUGUCUCAAAAAAUAGCAAUCUCCAAUAUUGCUAUAGAUUUACCUGCCGGUGAGGCAUCGGUGAUGUAUGCCGAUACGCCGCCAGUCUACCCAAAUACUACUAGACCAGCUGCGCUCUGCCUGCGCUGAAAGCUGACCAGGUUUGAAUCGGCGAGCCUCCAGCGCACUUUACACACCACUGGCGAGCACGAAAAUGUCACUGCGCCAGCUGAUUCUGUCGACACCUCCCCCUGCCACGCCACCACACCCAGCUUGGCGGAUCUCGGUUCGCUUCCGUGCGCCUCAGUCCACGAAAAUACUACUGGCUGUAAGCCGGGCUCCGCCAGAUGAAAAUACAACUGCGCGGGGUCCGCCACCCUCCGCCGCCUCACCGGCGUACACGAAAAUAGAGCCCCAUGUGUGCUGAGGCAGCCUGUGACCAAAAUCAAAAUAAGAAGAUGGACACCUCAAGCCAGUGAAGCUCUAAGGGACUGUUUUAAAUCAACAGACUGGAAUGUGCUGCUGGAAACAGAUGUGGAUAGUAUGAACAUUGAUGAACAGGUUGACUGCUUUACUGAUUAUGUCAACUUCUGUAGAGACACAGUUAUACCCACAAAAACUGUUAGCUGUUUCCCCAACAACAAACCCUGGAUCACAAGAGACAUAAAAGCAAUCCUUAACUAGAAAAAGAUCGCUUUUAAAGAUGGUGACAAAGAACAACUCAAACAAGUGCAACAAGAGUUGAAGAGGCGACUGAAGAUAAUAAUAAUAAUACAUUUUAUUUGGAGCGCCUUUCAUGUCACUCAAGGACACUUUACAGAACAUAUAAAACAAUGAUAACAGAGCACUAUUAACAAUGAAAAUCAUCAAUCAUCAAAACAGUUAAAAUCAACAAAGCAGCAUAAACAACAGCAAAGGAAUAAAUAAAGAAAUAAAUAAUACCAAUUAAAAUUAAAUUAAAAGAGUGAGUAAGGGGUGUUGGGAUGGAUAGGCCAGUUUAAACAGGUGUGUCUUGAGUUUGGAUUUGAAGAGGGGGAGGGAGUCUAUGUUGCAGAUGUGUGAUGGUAAAGAGUUCCAGAGUCGGGGGGCAGAGCAACUGAAAGCUCUGCCCUCCAUGGUGCUGAGGUGAACAGGGGGCACAGUGAGGUGGAGAGAGGAAGAGGAUCGGAGGCGGUGUGAUGGAGUGGCGAUGUGGAGGAGGUCAGACAGGUAAGUAGGGGCGAGUUUGUGGAUGGCUUUAAAGGUAUACAGGAGGAUUUUGAACUGGAUCCUAAGUGGGACCGGGAGCCAGUGGAGCUGCUGCAGGAUGGGGGUGAUGUGGUGGGACGAAGGGGUUUUGGUGAUGAUCCGGGCAGGGGGGUUGUGGACCAGUUGAAGUUUAUGGAGAGAUGUGUGAGGGAAAUGGAAGAGGAUGGAGUUGCAGUAGUCCAGACUGGAGGUGACGAGACUAUGGACGAGGAUGGAGGCGGUGUUGGGGGAGAGGGAGGGACGGAGCCGAUUGAUGUGGCGGAGAUGGAAGUAGGCAGUCCGAGUGGUAAGGCUGAUGUGGGAUUUGAAGGAAAGAGUACUGUCAAGGAUGACACCCAGACUCUUGACCUGAGGGGAGGGGGGAACUGAGGAGCUGACGAUGGGAAGGGAGAGACUGUCAACUUUGGAUAGGAUGAAUUUGGAACCUACUAGAAGAAUUUCUGUUUUCUGACUGUUUAGUUGGAGAAAGUUGGCGGUGAACCAGGAUUUAAUUUCGGACAGGCAGGUGGUGAGGGAGGUGGGUGGGAGGGUGGAGUUUGGUAAGCUGGAGAGGUAGAGCUGGGUGUCGUCCACGUAGCAGUGAUAUUGAAGGUUGAAUUUACAGAAGAUGGAACCAAGGGGGAGGAGGUAGGUGAUAAACAGCAAGGGCCCCAGGACAGAGCCCACCUGAACUGACUGGGGAGGGGUCGGACUUAAAGGAUUUGAGCUGGAUGAACUGUGUGCGGUCUGAGAGGUAAGAGUGGAACCAGCGGAGAGGGGUGUGGGAGAUGCCGAUGGAGGAGAGUCUACGGAGGAGGAUGGGAUGGGAGAUGGUGUCAAAGGCUGCACUGAGGUCGAGGAGGAUGAGGAUGGAAAGUGAACCGGAAUCAGCUGCAGUGAGAAGGUCAUUGGUGAUUUUUAGCAGUGCGGUUUCGGUGCUGUGGUGGGGGCGGAAACCAGAUUGGAAGGGGUCGUAGAGGGAGUUCUGAGUUAGGUGGGUGCAAUGUUCCCUCUAAGCUGCGCGCCUGCGCAAUCGCGCACUGCUCACACAUUAUCAGCGCACAAGAAAAGCUAUACAGCGCAUGUCUAACACAGUGAGUGAUAGAUGUCCAGCCAAUGAUGUGAUACGGUUCACUUACGCUACGUAGCCAAUCAUCGCAUUGACAUUGCUUACAUACCGUAAAUUCCAGACUAUAGAGCGCACCGUUACAUAAGCCGCAGAUGCUUAUUUUAGGGAAAAAAUAACUUUGUACACGUAUAAGCCGCACCAGUAAAUAAGCCGCGGGUGUCCACCUGGUGACAUUGUCACCUAGAAAGUAAAUUAAAAUGUUUUUUUUUAUCAAAGUUUUAUUUAUUUCGAAAUAUUUACUCAGCUACACACAGAUAGCGAAAACAUAUGGACAACAGUAAAUCUACACAAGCAGUUGUCAGCGCUGGUCCGUGUCCCUGUGUGUGCGGGUGUGUGUGUGUCUGUCUGUGUGUGUAUAGCCCUGUAGACGACUUUCAUUCACGGAUACAUAAAAGAAGUGGACAAACAUGUUUGAUACAGUCAGGAAAACAUAGCGGCAUAUCCAUGAUAGCUCUGAAACAACAGUUGGAGGAGCAGAAGCGCUGCGGAGAAAUACGCGGCCGGUGGGAACUAAAGGCUGCGCUGAAUGGAAGCUAGUGAUGUGUCGGUCGGUGACCAGAAGGAGCGCCGCAAUAGUGCACUGCAGAUAGUUUCGGCACCUGUUUUAUUUCCUUGCGCGAGCCAUGUCGGACCCCCCCCCCCCGCAUGCCACCAUCCACCUUUUAUUGUUUACUUUCACUUUCUCCCGAUUCCUUCGGCAUUCUCAUGGCAAAAACAGGACUCUUCUCAUGGCAAAAACAGGACUCUCACAUAUAAAAUACUGCACAUUUCAUGUACAAAAUUUUUGUCUUUUUCAUUUUAAGUGGGCCAAAUCACUUUUAUUAAAAGUAAAUAAAUUGAAAUUGCUGCUGUAAUCUGAUUAUUUUAAUAAACCACGUAAGUGUCAUGAUUCCAGUUAUUGUACAGGUGUGCUACUGGUGUGUGGUCACAGCGUGCGCAUUUGAUGGUGCUCACAAUGAUCUUCAGUGUGCUCAGGAAAAUUAGAGGGAACAUUGGGUGGGUGUGUAGUUGGCUGGCGACGACCUUUUCCAGUAUUUUGGCUGUGAACGGUAGAUUGGAGAUGGGGCGGAGGUUGUUGAAGUUAUUGGGGUCAGAGCCAGGUUUUUUCAGGAUAGGGGUGAUGGCUGCUGUCUUGAGGGAUGCGGGAACAGUUCCAGUGGUGAGUGAGGAGUGAAUGAUGGCAGAUAUGAGAGGAAGCACAGAUGGGAGGCAUGAUUUGACCAGUGUGGUGGGAAGGGGAUCCAGCUGACAGGUUGAGGGUUUUCCGGAUGAGAUCAUAGAUUUCAGAGUCGAUGGGAAGAAGAAAACUGGAGAAGUACUGACGGUGUGGCAGGGGAGUUGGUGGGGUCGGAGGGGGUCCAGGGGGGAGAGAGCCUGAGUGCAGUUGUUGGUGGAUGUUGGAGACUUUGUCAUUAAAAAACUGCAUUAGGGUGUUGCAGGUGUCGGUUGAAGACAGGUAGACAGGGGGGGGGGGGGUGGAGAGACUUGUUGAGGAGAGUGAAUAGUGAUCUGGUGUUUCCUUUGUUGGAGAUGAUCUGGGCGGAGUAGUGGUCUGUCUUGGCUUGAGAAAUUGAGUCCUUGUAGCAGUGGAUGUGGUUAGUGUACAUUCUUUUGUGAAUGGAGAGUCCAGUUUUCUUGUAGAGUCUUUCCAGUUGGCGGCCUUUGGUUUUCAUAGAGCGGAGAUGGGGGGUGUACCAGGGAGCAGUUGUGGAGAAGGAAACAGAGCGUGUUUUGACUGGAGCGAGGGAGUUGAGGAUGUUAUUUAAACAGGUGUUGUAAUGGGAUGUUAUUUCAUCAGGGUAGCGGAACAGUCCGGGAUCAAACUAUUGUUGAUGUUAGAGCACAGAGUGUCAAUGUUUAUGUUCUUAAGAUUGCGGAAUGAAAUGAGGCGUGGUGUGUUAAUUCUAGAGAGGCAGAGAGGAAUACUGAAGGAGAUGAGGAGGUGGUCACUUACAUGGAGAUCAUCGGCUGUGCAGUUGGAUGGGAUGAGGCCAGAGCGGCAGAGUAGAUCCAGAGUGUGUCCUUUAGUGUGUGUCGGGAAGUUGAUGAAUUGAUGGAGUCCAAAACUGUCCAGGCAUGAUGAGAAGUCUCUGGUGAGGGGCAGGUUGGUGUUGUCAAUGUGGAUAUUGAAGUCCCCCAGUAUUAUUGUGUUUGGUGAGAGUGUGCAUAGAUGGGUGAGUAGAACUGAGAAGUCAUUUAAGAAGUCAGUGUGGGGCUUGGGGGGGGGGGGCAGUAGAUGGUGGCGAUGAUGGUGGGAGUGGGUCCAGGGAGUGUAAGUGCCAGAAGUUCGAAUGAGGAGAAGAGAGGCAGGGACAGCGAUAGAACCUUCCACUUCUUGUGGUGGAUGACAGCGAUACCUCCACCACGGCCGGGGAGGUGGAGUCCUUGAGUGAUGAGAAGUCAUUUGGUUGUUGCCAUGUUUCAGUGAUGCAGAGGAAGUCCAGCUUGCGGUCAGUGAGGAGAUCGUGGAUGAUGUGUCCCCUGUUGGUGAGUGAGCAGAUGUUGAGAAGUCCGAAGCUGACAGAGGUAUUGUCAUGUUUGGUGAAGAUGGGAGCCAGCAUGGAUGGGCUUGCUAAAACAGAGUGAUUGACAGUCCGGGUGGUGUUUCUAUUAGAGUGGUGUCUCUUGGUGAUAUGGACAGGAAUAGGGAGGAGUUGGAUGCUACUGUGAUUAUUUGGGAGUGGGGAAAAGAUGACGGGAAGAUCUGUGGCAGAGGGAGUCGGUGACAGAAUUGGCCAGCAGGGGGAGCUCUGGGGAGGACCUGUCAACAGUGGGUGCACCACAGAGGGAGAGGGGGGUGUGUGUGGGGGGGAAGUAAAUAGUCAGUCACAUGGUGAACAGUGUAUGGUGUGCUGCAGGUUAGCCGCUAAUAUGCAGCUAUCUGUGGUGUUCGGGUGGAUACCAUCCAGUUUAAAAAAGGACGAACGGUUCCAAAAAAGAUUAAAAUGGUCCACGAAGGCAAAGCUAUGGGCUUGGCAGGUAGAUUGGAGCCAGGUGUGCAAGCUGAGCACUCUGCUGAAGCGCCCGCACCCACGACCAGAAGUGGGAUUGGGACCGCUGAUAAAAACAGACAGUUCACAGUUUUUCAGGAAGUUAAAAAGUUGGGUAAAAUGGUCUUUCGUGAGCUCGGUCUGGUGGAGGGACAUGUCAUUUGUACCGACAUAGAUUAUGAUUCUCUGGAAGAAAGAUGGGAGAGAUUUUAACAGAGUGGGGAGGAGUGUUAGAAUGUCAAGGAUCCUCGCACCAGGGAAACACUGCGUGACGGCGUUAAAAAAGUGGAUGAUUCUCACGGUGGAGUCGCCCACAAUUAAAGUCGUCGGAGGGAAAAGUGGACGUGGAGAGUGCGUGACCGGAGAGGAAUAUGUCAUAAGAGGGGGGGAACUCGCCAAGGACGACAUCGGAGUGGAGAUGGGAGGGACACGGGCCAGCCGCGGUGCAGGUGUGAAGCACGGCAUCGAGCGCUGCCGGAGAGACCCGGCAUGCAGAUGGUCGGGCACGGGGGGGCGGACGGGAUGGGGAAAGCAGAGAGCUGAAGGACCCGUGAUACAGCCGGGUGGACAUCGGCUGGGAUCCCGCGGGCAGCGGGGGGGAAGUCAUUGAGGUCCAGGGUGUCGAAUCUGUUUUCCAGGUGGAGGUGGAAGAGGGGGGCCUGAGGUGGGAGCCUUGUUUUCCCGGUGCGGGCGGUGAUGUGGGACCAGUGCUCCUGCAGGGAUGGAGUGGAGCUAGCUGGAGGCUCUGGUUUAGCCUUGGGUUUUGCUCCCAGCCUUGUCGAGGAGACGACGGGGGAGAGGGAUGUAUGAGCAGGCAGAGGAGAGGUGGUCGCAGCAGCCGGAGGAGAGGUGUUGGGAGUGGUGGGGUCUGGAUCCGAUGAGCCGGUGAAGUCGGGAUGUGGUGUUCUGAAGAUAAUGGUGUCCAUGAUUUUCUAAGCUUCCUGGAUCUGGUAGAGGGUGGAGAUCCUUCUCUCCAGCUCCUGGAUCUUUUCUGCCAGACAGGCGCAGCUGGCACAGCCGGAUGGAGAGGAGCAUGGAGCCAUGGCUGAAACAGAAAGAGCAACAGCCAGCAGGCAGCCAACGACACAAGGCAGGAUCUGACAGAGGACAGUGUGGAUCAGGGAUUCGACUGUGCCGAGAAUGACACUUACACGCCAGGGCUCCGUCCCUAAGGUAGAGGAUCAGACAACACGGGAGGAGACUUACCGGCGAGGGCCCCGGAAGAGGGCCCGCUGUUGGUGGAAAUCUCAGGUAAGUCUCUCUUGCGGCGUUCCAGCCGUGGCCGAUGUGUUUAUUUAAUCCCAGAAACUCAAACGAUAUCCCCCCGGCUCUGUGUUUGUUUAAAGGUUGAAAUUUUGGUGGCAAAAUGAAAAGACAGUGCUAGCUGCUCGUUAGCUCAUGGCAAGCUGUCGGGGUGGAGCACACGUAUCAGCGCAGCAGCGCGCAGUUUGCUCUCUGGUCGAUGGCAAAGCUGGAGUACAAAAAGAAGAUAGAGAAUCAUCUACAACACAGCAACAUCCGUGAAGUGUGGAGAGGAAUCAGUACCAUCUCUGGACACAGCAGUCAAAAGAAAAGACAGCCAGUAGUGGGUGAUGUGAAAAGAGCGGAUGAACUCAACCUGUUCUUCAACAGAUUUGACACUGCUGUCACUCCCACUUCCACUGCUACUCCACCUUCCUCUCCGCAACAAAUCUCCACUACAACUUCUCCCCUUCCUCCUCCAUCUCGUUCAAAUGUCUCAUCCACUUCAACUGCCUCCCUCCUAGAUCAACAGUCCUUGUCUGUCACCGAAACAGAGGUGAGGAUGGAGCUUGGAAGACUUUGUCCUGGAAAGGCAGCUGGUCCAGAUGGUGUGUGUCCAAGGCUGCUUAGAGACUGUGCUGCAGAACUGUGUCAACCUCUCCACAAGAUCUUCAACCUGAGUCUACAGCUGGGUCAGGUACCUGCUCUGUGGAAAACAUCCUGCAUUGUGCCAGUACCAAAAACAAAAUGUCCUGCUGAACUCAAUGACUACAGACCAGUGGCCCUCACUUCCCACAUCAUGAAAACCCUGGAGCGGCUGAUUCUGCGCCUUCUGAGGUCUGAGGUCAAAGAAAAACUGGACUCCCUGCAGUUUGCAUACAAAGAACACAUUGGAGUGGACGAUGCUGUCCUCUACAUGCUUCACCGUGCCCUGUCUCAUCUGGAGGAACCUGGGGUUUAUGUGAGGAUCAUGUUCUUCGACUUUUCAAGUGCAUUCAACACCAUCCAACCCACUAUACUCAAGCAACUUGGGGCACUGUCUUGUUGAGUGAUUUAUAAAGACUGUUCAUACUAGUCAAGUGACCAAAAAGCGCCAUUGCUGUAUCUGUGUAGAUUUUGAUAUCUUGCGGUUUGACUACAGAAGAAGACAGACACUCGCCGAAAUAGAGCAGGUUUCAUAAGGACGAUGAUAUAUGUUUUUACAUUGAAUGAACUGGUAUUUUAAUAAAUUAAUGACACAUUUUUGUAUUAAAUUCCCAUUUUAAUUAAUUAAUGACACAUUUAAGUAUUUUUUUAAGGAUGUAAUUAAAUGUUUCAUUCUGUCUCUUUUCGUUCUCCAUGUUUGUCAAGUAUAUGUUGCAUUAUAUGCAACAUCUUAUAUUGUCUUGGGUUUAGCUGUGUUUUAUAAUCCUGUUUGAUCUAAAUACAUUAUUUCUGGGAGAAUUUUUGUCCAUGUGUCUGGCCGUAAUAGCAGUGAAUAGUCUGAUUUAGCGCACUUCGGGUCUGAUUUAAUAUGAUUUCCAAAUAAGGGCUGCUAAAUUGCAUGUGCAACCUAAAAAAUUACACGUGCUAUUCAUGGGCAUGUUGUGGGUGAUCUGUUGUGGGUGACCAUGGAGAGUUUGUGAAAGCUGAGUGGUUGUGGAUGAAUAAUUAUGUUUGAAGCCUGGGUUGCACCUAUUGUUUUGGGGAGGCCAGCAACUGCAUAAAUGGCAAGGCAAGUUUAUUUGUAUAUCACAAUUUAUACACAAGGCAAUUCAAAGUGUUUUACUGAUGCAAGAAAAUAUAUUUAAAAUGAAAUAAAAAAAUUCAAUUAAUGAGACAAAGACAUACAUUUUAGCGACUGUUCCGGGUUUUACCUAAUUAUUUAUCAAAACUGUAAUUUACUUGAAAAACAAAAUAAAUCACAAGCUUUUAGCCCCGGAGCUCCCAAGCACUUGGUCCAACACUUGGGACAGAACACCAGAAAAACUACUCUGGGAGACCACUAACUGCGAUGAAACGCUGGAAUGAUCUAGAUGCUGGAAUGAUCCAGAUGCCGGAAUGCAAUGUUGCAAGGAAUUUUUCCAUAGGACAUAUGGCGUGGAUCAUUUUUGUGACUGACUUCAAAUCAGCCCUUGGUCACCCAGCAGUUCAAAUAUGGCAAUACUGUUACUCUAAUAUUUUUCUUUCUAACAGUCCAAAUAUGUUGACACUCGCACGGAAGACUCUCUUUCUCCGUCGUCUAUCACUACACUUUUGCUUCCUGCUCCCCACAAUGACCGUAGCCAUUUGCGCGUAACACUGUGCCAGUUUGCAUGUGCCUUUAAACAUGCUAAAUAUAGAUGCAAAACAGUGAUCACAAUCAGUUUCCGGGUGUGAUAAAAGACAUUGCAGAUGCUAAAUGAUGCCAUUCGCUUCUACUCCUCCCAGUAUUUUGCGCAUUCUGUUGAUCUACACACGUUCUGCAUAUUAAUGAAGGCAAACACAUUAAACUGAUUGUGCAUGCUAUUUUGCUCAUUUGACAAUCCUCGGUGCACAUGGUUAGUAGAUCAGCUUUGCGCACACUAUCAAGUUUGCACGUGUUUUUGUACUCACACUCUAAAAACUCUUGGGUUUUUUUCUUCAACCUAAUUCCUGGGUUAUAUGUGUUGAGUUAAAUUUCUGAGUUAUUUUUCAGAUCCAUACCCAUUUCUUGGGUCAAAUGGAUUCAGUCUUAGUGACUGAGCGCCCUGAGAGUGGCAGCGAGUCACAGCAGCUCUACACAGUGUUCACGUUUUUGCCUUUUUUGUUGUUGUAUUUUGAACCUUAUUUGUCUUUCUUUUUAAUAAGCAGUGUUGUGUUUUGCAUAUUCCAAUCAUGGAUGUGCACUCUAGCACUUUGUUUUCUUUUACUUUUUGGAGUUUUUAAGUCCAUGUCUGGUGACCCGUUCAGCGGCUCUAUUGUUUACAGCCGUAAACAGCUGUUGACGCUGCCCCAAGCCCGGCCACCUUCAUUUGAGAGACUGGAUAUCUCCGCCAAGCUCCGCAGGAGAGGGAGAGGAUGCAGAGCCAGAGUUCAGCAUCAGGCAAAGCGGAGACGUGAUAAGCCAACUGUCCUGUCCAUCAUUAUAGGAAACGUGAGGUCUCUCCCCAACAAGAUGGAAGAGCUCACAGCGCUGACUCGGCUGCAGUGGGAAUACCGGGAGUGCAGCCUCAUGAUGUUCACGGAGUCAUGGCUUAAGGAACUCACUCCGGACCCGCUCGUAACUUUGGACGGAUUUCAUCUUGUCAGAGCGGACCGGAGUGUGACGGAGAGUGGUAAGAAGAAAGGAGGCAGGAUAGCGGUGUAUGUAUAUGAGAGAUGAUGUAAUGCUGGGCACGUUAGUGUUAAAGAGCAGCGCUGCUCUAUGGACAUUGAGCUGCUGACUGAAUGCCCAACAAGAGACAAUAAAACUUCUGACUUACUGUAUGCAAACACCAAGGAUGCAUACACCUCCUCCCCUCUCCCCCCGCUGGGCUGCUCAGAUCACAACCUGGUGAGAUCAGAGAGGGGAAGGCCAGCUACAAGACCAAGAUGGAAAACCUUCUGCAACAGAACAACGCGAGCAAGGUCUAGAGAGGCCUGAAAUCCAUCUCAGGUCACCGCAGGGGCCAUGAGAGGGGACCUGAAGCAGGAGACAGGGAGUGGGCCAACGAGCUGAAUUUGUUCUUCAAUAGAUUUGACUCUGCUCCCACUCCUCCCCCGACUCAUCCAACCAAACGACCCAACUGCUUCUUCUUCAUACCACCUCAGUUCUAUGGCACCGGCAUCAUCACCCCCCCUCCAGCACCACCCCCAGCCUCUCCAUAACAGCUGACCAGAGGAGAAGUGAGCUGAGGAAGAUGAAGCCAAGGAAGGCCACGGGUCCUGACGGCAUCAGCUCCAGACUCCUGAAGGACUGUGCAGACCAGCUCUGUGAGGUGCUACUGCACAUCUUCAGCUUGAGCCUGAGUCUGGAGAGGGUCCCAGCACUGUGGAAGACUUCCUGCAUGAUUCCUGUACCCAAGACAGCACACCCCAGGGAGCCCAACCACUUCAGACCUGUGGCUCUCACUUCUCACCUGAUGAAGACUCUGGAGAGGAUUGUGCUGAAGAACCUCCACCUCCUGGUGAGCUCUCAUCUGGAUCCUCUGCAGUUUGCGUACCAGCCAAACAUUGGGGUGGAUUACGCAGUCAUCUACCUGCUGCAGAGGUCCAUGGCUCACUUGGAGAACACCGGCAGCACUGUGAGGGUCAUGUUUUUUGACUUCUUUAGUGCUUUCUACACCAUCCAUCCUUCACUGCUUAGGGGGAAGCUCGAGAGGGCAGGAGUGGACUGUCACCUAGCUGCAUGGACCGUGGACUACCUCACCGACAGACCACAGUUUGUGAGACUUCAGAACUGUGUGUCGGACAUGGUGGUCUGCAGCACAGGGGCUCCACAGGGGACAGUGCUCUCUUCCUUCCUCUUCACCCUGUACACCUCGGACUUCAGCUACAACUCUGGGAGCUGUCACCUCCAGAAGUUCUCUGAUGAUACAGCCAUCGUCUGAUGUGUAUCGUCAGGGGAUGGGCGGGAAUACAGGACUGUCAUCACUGACUUUGUCAACUGGUGUGGUACAAACCACCUCCAGCUCAACACCAGUAAGACAAAGGAGAUAGCUGUGGAUUUCAGCAGGAGGAGGACACCUCAGACUGUUCCAGUGAACAUUCAGGGUCUGGACAUCAAGAUGGUGGAGUCCUACAGAUUCCUGGGUGUCCACCUCAACAAUAAACUGGACUGGUCAACCAACACAGACGUCCUGUACAAGAAGGGCCAAAGUUGUCUCCACCUGCUGUGGAGACUGAGGUCCUUUGGAGUGUGCAGGACUCUGCUCAGGACUUUCUAUGACUCUGUGGUAGCAUCUGCACUUUUUUAUGCAGUGGUCUGCUGGGGGGCAGGGAGCACCGAGAGGGACAGGAAGAGACUGAACAGACUGGUCAGGAGGGCCAGUUUUGUCCUGGACUGCUCUUUGGACUCCCUGGAGGAGGUGGGUGAGAGGAGGAUGUUAGCAAAGCUUGUAUCCAUCAUGGACAAUCCCUCUCACCCACUGCACCAGACUGUGGGGGCUUUAAGCAGCUCCUUCAGCAGCAGACUGAGACUUCCACCUUGCAAGAUGGAGCGCUACCGCAGGUCAUUCCUCCCUUCUGCAAUAAGACUUUACAACGAACUGUAAUAAAACUGGACUCACACCUUAAACUAUUUAAUAUUCAACAUUCAUGUACAGUUACUUAACCAAGACCAUCCUUAAACCUCAUCAUCUGUUGUUCAUCUCCUUAUUCAUUCAUUCAUCCAGUACUUAAAUUGUGUAUGCUAAAGUCCUCUUUUUUCUGUGAAGCUCCGUUUUUAAAAGUUAUUGGGGGGGUUCAUGUUUUCUUUGAUUGACACCUGACACAGCCUAUUGGCGUUCAGGGAUUGUGUAGCUCACCUGGGGGACAUGCUGUUUGAGGCAAGCGUCAUCACAGCGACUGUUGGCGACUCUCCUGCCGAAUGCGCACAACGCUACUGUGCAGUGCUGGUUUCAGGAAAUAAAGAAAAAUCGCGGAAAUACAGAGAGCUUUUUGGCUUCAAAUCCGUAUAUAGGUGGGAGGCGAAACUAAGUUGUCCAUAGUAUAUACAGUCUAUGGGCAAGACCCUUAGCACUAUGGCCUACCUCAUAAACAUGAGUGCGUUACCAUUGAAAGCCAAACCAGCUCAGAUGUCGCCUGGGUUAACAAGGUCUGCAUCACAUGCUGAGGAACUAGGGCAUUGUGAUGAGAAAUGGGCUACUGGAACAACAAAGAGAAGGCAAUGGACUUCUGGACACGAGAUGAGAAUGAGGCUCUGUUGGGAUGCUACUACUCCAGUAAACCUAACCAGCAGGGUUACAUGAACAGAGCGCAAACAGAUAAGGUUCUUGAAGACUGCAAUGAGGAACACUAAAUUGUAAAAAAAAAAAAAGGGAGAAAAAAAAUCAAUGAAGGGGUGGGGUAGGUUUAAUUUAGUUUUACGUAUUAAGAACUGGCAUAAAAGUACAUGGGAAAAUAGGGUACAGGUUGUAAAAGCAAAGCUUCCAAAAAAAGCUCCCCAAAUGCAUAUAUCAAUUUAACCCAAGAUGAUGAGUCAAAUUAACUCAAAGACUGGGUUAACUUGACCCUUAAAAAGAGUUAUUGAGUCAACCCAAAAUUUGGGUUAAGUUGAAUAACCCAACAUUUUGGGUUAUUCAAAUUAACCCAAUAAGUAGUCGGUCCCUUUUCAACCCUGGUGUUGGGUGAAAUACAACCCAACUUGGGUUGUUUUUAACCCAGGGGUUUUUAGAGUGCACAAACCUGUAGUAGAUCCGGCGCUUAUAGGUCUGUAGUUUGAACAUUCCAAUUUAUCUUUUUCAUCCUUUGGAAUUACUGAGAUAGCCCCACUAAACAUUAGAAGUCUGAUAGACGUGGAGAUCAUGUCUAUAUUGCGUCUGUCGGUCCAAGACCCAUUUUGGAUUUCUUGUCCCUGGAUCUAAUUUAUCCCCCCCACUCAUCCUACAAACGUCUCGGUGUAAGCUCUCCUCCAUACUUUCCUUAUGUUUUCUUUCCAAUCCUUUUAACUCAGAAUAUAGAUCCUUAAGUUUCUCCUGUUUCAUCUUAUUUAAAUAUGCAGUUCUUGUAAUAAUUUUCUGCUCAACACCACCUUGCAAGCAUCCCACAGGACUGAUGGAGACACCUCACCAUUAUUGUUAUCUCCACAUAUGUCUGAAUUUCUUUUAUUUCUUAUUUUCCUCUUUCCUCUUUCAUGCAUCCUUUGAGAAUAUUUGAAUUUAAUCUCCAAAGUGUUGUUUUCUUCUCAUUUGUCAAAUUUAAAGUUAUGUAUACAAGACAGUGAUCUGAUAAAUCUCUUAUACCUAUUUAACAAUUCUUUACCCUGUAUUUGUCUUUAUCAUACAUCAAAAAGUAAUCAAUCCUCGUAUGAGUUGAAUGUGACGCUGAAUAGAAGAUAAAAUCUUUACAUGUGGGUUAAGAUCUUUCCAAACAUCUAUAAUGCCCAAUUCUGACAGUAUUACAUUUUUUUCACUUAUGGUAUUUUUCUGUUGCCCUCUUGAAGACGUGUCCAGAUAUGGAUUUAGUCUUAGAUUUAAAUCUCCUCCCCUGUCAGAUCAUCCUCUAUCUCUGAGGUCACUAAGUCAAACAUCUGUCUACAAAAUGUCCGCUUUGAACCCGGGGGUGCAUAAAUGUUAAGAAGAGUGACCAUUCCUUCCCCUAACCUCCCUCUUAUUGGUAUAUAUCUGCCCUUAGUAUCUAUAACUUCUCAUGUUUUCUCAAAAUAAAGUUUUCCUGAUAUAAGUAUAGCCACCCCUCUUCUAUGUCCCUUUUUGUAAAAAAGAGAGGACUUGAAUAAACCCACAUCUUUUAAGCUUUCGUGUUCACGCUGUGUUAGGUGAGUCUCGUAAAAAUACAACUUCCACCUUGUCCUUUCUCAUCUUUGAUAAAAUCUUAGAUAUCUCUGUUGGAUUGAGUAUUCUUUUAAUAUUAAAGGAGGCGAUCUUGGCUGUCAUUUAAAGUAUAUGAAUGUAUAGCAGCCGAGACUACUCUGUGGGUGAAACCCACACAUUCCUCGCAGGAAAGGUUCCUUAUCUGGUCCCAGGACAUAGGAUAAUAUAAAUCUUUCCAGACUUGUUUGCACUUUCAGGUUACCUAACUGACCCAACCAGAGGUUGAUCAAAACCUCUGGCUCUUCACGGUUGGUCAAUUCGGAGAACAGAGACAGAGUUUUUAUUACGUUUCAAACUGACUCCAUCACUGACCAUCUAAAUAAUUAUUCAUGCCUUAAUCCAGGUCUCCCAUUUGAGAUUUACCGUCUUAAAGUGUGUGAACAUACGGACCCCAAGGAAAGGUCUGAGGAGCAGGACACUGACCUCCAGACCUUGGUCGUAAAACCCUGCUCGACCAUGUACUGAUAAAAACUGCAUUCCUUUCGAGAAAGAAUACAAAUGACUGAUCAUGACAUCUUAUGCAUUCAGCAAUGUACUAAUCGGUCUAAUCAUGAAAUUUGUGUUAAAAUGAGAUGUUUCACGAUUUUAUAUGUGCUCCAGAAGCCAAGUUAUCACUCUGACUUUUGUUCUUUAGUUUCUUUAGACCAACAGCUUUUUAGACUACUUCAUGAACCUUUAAGAGUUAGAUUUAUUGAUUAUGAAUCAUAACUCUUAAAAGUUCAUGAAGUAGUCUAAAAAGCUGUUGGUCUAAAGAAACUAAAGAACAAAAGUCAGAGUGAUAACUUGGCUUCUGGAGCACAUAUUACUCUAAGUAACUGAAAUAAUUUAAAAAUGUUUGGUUUACGUUUUAAUCGUUUAUUUAGUGUUUUUUAACCAUUAGGUGGUUAUAAUGUCAUUGAAAAAUCUAUAUGUUAGCAUAUAGAAUCCAUUAUUACUCAUGAUGAAGGUCAUUCACAUGUAUUUACCCUUUUGUUGGUCACAGUUUCUAUGCGUUACUGUCUGUUUCAUUUCAGAGUAAUUUAGCAUGUUCAAUGUGAUACUUAAAACAUGAUGAAAAUGUUUGAUGUGAUUCUACAUUUCACUCAUAUGUGUUUAGUAUCAAAUCAUUUGUCAUGAAACCAAACAUUCAGUGAUAUUAAUCAUAGUGAGUAUCAGAUCUGACUCUUUUACCAGCCAAAAGUAUUUUACGCCACGUGUUCAUUCACGUUGAUUGUUCUUUAACAUCGUCUUAGUUCAAGUUUUUGAAACUUCAACUUUUUGUAUGCAUAGCAAUUCAAGAUUAAGACUUAAACUGUUUUUUCUUUAAUUUCCCAAAGCCAUUUUUGAAAUAGUUUCGACUGGCCAUCAAGCCUCUUUAUCGGGGUUAUCUGCGUGAUUUCAAAGUCACCUCUGAAUGCCACCCAGCAGGCCCAAAGUCAUCCUCUGUGCCAGAGUUUUUGAGUGAGACCAAAGAAGUAUCCACAGGCACCGGUUUUUGCUUCGGGCCUGAGUGCUGCAACUCCUGACCCAUCCUUCAGCUGACUUUUUUUUUUUUUUUUAAUUUAACAACAAAACAGAGUGACAACAACAACAAAAAUGACAAGAACAACAAAAAAUAAAAAUAAAAAAUUAACAAAAAUACUUUUGUGAGGGAGGGGAGGGGGAAAGAAUACAUAUAAUAUAGAAUAUUAAAAAAAAAUCUGAAUUGGAUUACAUUGAAAUAUAUAUGUAAUAAUAACUAUAUAUAUAUAUAUAUAUAUAUAUAUAUAUAUAUAUAUAUAUAUAUAUAUAUAUUAUAUACAUACAUACAUACAUAUAUACACACAUACAUACACACAUAUACAUAUAUACAUACAUAUACAUACAUACACACACACACACACACACACAAACACACACAAUCCCCCCGAAUCACCGACACAACAGCGAUGAUACAACAACCACAACAGCAUCAAUAAUAACAACAAUAGUAAUACCGGCAAUAAUUAUGACCAUAAAAGAAUGACAACGCUGACGACAACAAUAAUAACAGUAAUAAUAAUAAGGAUACAAAACAACAAAAGCCACUACAAUGUACAACACUAUAGUCCGGACCAGAGGCGGGCCCGGCCCCCUGCACCACCAAGAAGCAGGCCGACCAGCACCCAUGCCCGCCGUGGUGGGACGCCCUUGGGCCACACAUGACUCUCCUCUUGUGUGUUGUUCAUGUGGUGCAUUAAAAACUUCACUGUGACUUCGGCUGACUUCAGCCGUCUUCUGAGCGGAACCGCUCGAACCACAGGUAGCCCCGGACCUUCGGAACCUGCUCCAUCUUCUCCAAGGACCAGUCUCACUUAAGUGUUCAAACCUCCAGCGCUCCAAACAGGGCUGAUGCUGUCUCAUGUGGCCAUAACAUAGAUAUUCACUUAUUCUGGUAAUCCUAGUUUCAUCCAAAUCCACAUCCAAAUUUAGCUUGACACUAAAGUUUAUAGAGGUUAAUAUGUUAGAGUAUAUUCACUCACUAUCAUUAACUUUAGUGCUCCUAGCCUGACUCAGAACCUUUUAUUAUACACCUAUCAAUAUUUAUCCUCAUUAUCUUGUAAUUUAUUGCAUGUAUGUUGUACCAUCAUUUAUCCUGUAAUAAACAGAUCAUUAUUUUUCUAAGUUCUUGUCUGUUAGUGUUAUUCCAGAAGUGGAGUCCCUGAAAUGAGAAUUUCGGCUUGAGAUAUGAGAUUGAUUAAUUUAAGACUGACUCAAUGUUUGAUUUCUGAAUUAAACUUUUGUUUUUCUUUAUUUUUCCCACCAUUAAGGGUGAGUGGUGCCCCUUUCAACGAGUGCAUAAAUGUCAUAAUUUAAGAUUAUUAAUCUUAAGACAUUUAUCAUAAAUUCCAAUCGCACAUGAAUUACCUUUUGUCUUUUCCAUCUCCUCAUCUCAUAGAUACUCAUUUUGCGACUAGGACAACAAAUAGUAUUGAAUGUCUUAUUUCGACAGUUAACAUUAAACAACCUUAAACAAUAUGAAAAGAGAACUUCCUUCGAAAAGGUUACUUUUAUGACCCAGUUUGAGUCCGGGUGUCCAGUGGGCUCAGAGGGCCAGCCUCUGAAUCCCUGGAUCAGACUCAGAGGGCCAUCUCUGUUGUUAUUUUGGUCCAUACAUCCUUCAUCCCCUUCUGUUAAUAUUUGUACUUUCAAGAGCAAGUGUAAUGCUGUAAUGACCAAAUUCCCCCCUGGGUAUAAACAAGGUCAAUACUUUAUUUAUACCCUUUUUUAUGAGUCUGAUUAUUCUGAUGUCUUUUUUUGUGUCUUCUAGGGGGCAGGAACCACAGACAGCGUCUUGAUUGAGAUCUUUGCCUCCAGGUCAGCUGAACAGAUCAGAGCUCUGAAUGAGGUCUACCUGACAGGUAGAUUAUCAAGACAAACAGUUUGAAAGUUUAUUGAAUAAGAAAAGAAAAACAUUAUAAGCAUAACACAAGAACUAACUGCUGAAAAUACUGUACUGCAUAGAGACAGAGAAGAAGGUGACCCUGGAUCUGAAGUCAGAAGUUUCUGGAGAGUUUGCUGAUGCUCUGCUCCUCCUAGCUGAGGUUUGUCUUUAUGUAGGAGUUAGCAGUCAAUCUGUGCAGAGUAAAACAAACCUAUCUGCUAUAAACAUGGACAAACAUCAAUCAUACAUGCUGAGAUAGUGGAGAAAUUGUUCCUCCAACAACUUUUGACCUGUUUGGUUGUUCCUCUUAGAACUUUACAUCUGUGUGGUUGUUUCUCUAAGAACUUUACACCUGUUCAGAUGUUCCUCAAAGAACUUUUUACCUGUUUGGUUGCUCCUCUAUAAGAACUAUUUACCUGUUUGGUUGUUCCUCAAAGAGAACUCUUUAAUUGUUUGGUUGCUACUAUAAAAACUUUUUACUUGUAUGGUUGUUCCUCUAAGAACUUUUUACCUGUUUUGGUGUUCCUUUAAACACUUGCUGCUCAAAUUUGAUCUUGUUAGGUAUUUUUGUCUUGAAUCAAUAACAUCUGUUUCAAUUUUUUGUAAAAUGAUUUUUAAUUAAAGGGGACCUGCCAUCAAAAUUUCAUACCCAUUUUUAUAAUUUUUUCAUAACCCUUGAUGUCCUCUGAUUAUGUUUGCAACAUAAUUUUAGCUGAAAAGUUAUUUGAUGGUUUGUUUCAAACCAUUUUAGUAUGCCUAAAAAACCUGACAGGAUAACUAACUGACUUUGGCUCAUUAACAUGUAUGGUAAUGAGCUUUGCUCUGAUUGGAUCGCUGCUGUGAAGCCUGCUGUGCUCUAAUUGGCUCAGCAGUGAAGGUUCGGAUUUCGGUUUAUCCAUCUUGCUAAUGUGUGCUAAAGUAAGGUGCCCAGAUGUCUGUAAUGAUAUCCGGGGAUAUUCGGUGGAGCGGUGCGGCGGUGGCGGUGGCGGGGAGGGUGCAGGGGCUGCAGGGGCUGUGUGAUCACAGACAAAUCUCGGUACUAUUUAGUAGCAGUGCAUGUCCCUUGUAAUAACCCCCGUAAGAACUAUUGCCCAGGACUGCUUACUUGUGCUUCCUACCCAUUCGGCUACUGUAAUAACCGUUGUUCGAGCCCACACGCAACAUUUUUGCUCUCAUUCAUGAAACGCUUAAAUUGGGGACAUUUUCGGGGACAGCUUUUGCCAGGGACAGGUCAUCCAAUUCGGGGACUGUCCCCGGAAAUCGGGGACGUCUGGUCACCUCAUGCUAAAGGCUAAAAAUGGCAGGUAUUAAACCAUAUAUUUUAGACCCCGAGUACGAAGAGGAGGUGGAAGUUGAAGAAGAAGCCGGAGAUCUCCAGCGGUGUUUUCAUUCAUUCUGCCCAGCUUUAAGUUAAUUUUCCCGGCAGUGAACCCAAGGAAACACCGGUCGUUUGGAAGAGACCCAUAGCGGUUACAGUGGUAGCUGGGUCUCGCUCUGGCUGGAGAGUGAUGUUGACUGUGACUGGGUACGAGAACGAGAGAGUGGGCGCGGCUCACCGGGGAUGCGCUCGUAAAUAAUAAUGAGCAAGGUCAGCGCGACGUCAGAAGGACCUGCUUUUUCAAUUGGCCUGGUUUACCCGUUUCUUUUUUAAAACCUUUACAGAAUGCAAACGACGUAACGGUUUGUUUUCACAUUUACAACAUAAGACGAACAUAAUAUGGACCUUAUCUGACACAAAAACACACAAAAUUACAUUUUUGAUGGCAGGUCCCCUUUAAAUACAUUUGUAAAGGAGUUGAAAACUCUCAGAUCUGCUGGUAUAGAUCUUUUUGUUCACAACAAUCUGCAUAAUAACUGAACCUGAUAAUAAUAGAUAAUAAUACAUUUUAUUUGUAGUGCCCUUUAAAUCCAGAGACCCCAAAGGGCUACACGUUAAAAGCAAAAAAAAAAAAUCAUGAUCAAGGUAUAUGAUCAAGGGAAUUAACAUGUUGUCAGUAAUGAUGGACACUAUUCUGCAGAGGAGUAGUGUCUAUUCAUGGAGCCGGCAGUCAGUAUUCAAAGAUGAUUACAGGAUUAAUGAAUCAGUAUGUAUUGGAAAAGAACUUUCAUUUUGUGUUUCAGGGUAAAAGAGAUGAGAACACCACAGUGGAUACAGAGAGAGCUAAAGAAGAUGCCAAGGUGAUACUUUGUGCCAGUUUGAACUUGUUUCCCUUUUCUUCACACAAGUGUUUUCAUGUGGAGUAUACUUCAACUUAUGAGAUUCUGAUGGUACUUAGGCUCUAUAUGAUGCCGGAGAGAAGAAGUGGGGCACGGACGAGUGUAAAUUCAUCAACAUCCUCUGUCAUAGGAGUAUACCUCAGCUCAGACAGAGUAGGUCACAGUUAUUAACACACUUAUUUCAGAUGAUGUGUCUCCUUUCAUUAAAAGUGCAGAGAUAUUUAACCUUCAUUUGGUGUAUGUUUCAGCUCUUAUUGAGUAUAAAACUAUCAGUGGGAAAACCCUUCAGAAGAGCAUCGAGGGGGAAAUGUCAGGGACACUGAAGGAGCUACUGGUUGCCAUCGGUGGGUUAACGUGCUUAUUAAUGUUUUAAUUGAUAACAUUAUAAAUGUCAUUGUUGCCUGUAUUUCUGUCAUUAUUAAGAUCAUUUUGUCAUAAUAAAUGUGAUAAUAGUAACUAUUAAUGUCAUUAAUGUCUUUAGUUUCAUUAUUUAUGUCAUUAUUGUCAUAAUAAUGUCAUAAGUGUCAUUACUAAUGUCAUUACUGUCAUUAUCAAUGUCAUUACUGACAUUAGAAUUUUCAUAAUUAAUGUUAUUAAUAUCAUUAUUACUGUCAUUGAUGUAAUUAAUAAUGUCAUUGUUAUUCAUUAUUUAUUCCAUUACUGUCAUUAUUAUCAUUGUAAUUAUCAUAAUUUAUGUAAUUAAUGUCAUUAUUAAUGUCAUUUAUGUCAUUAUUAAUGUCAUAAUUGGUGGGUCAACCCACUUAUCAUUGUUCUUAUUGAUAACAUUAUAAAUGUCAUUAUUGUCAUCAUAAAUGUCAUUGUCAAUGUCAUAAUUGUCAGUAUUAAUGUAAUUUUUGUCAUUAUUGUCAUUAAAAUUGUCAUUAAUGUCAUCAUCAAUGACAUCCUUAAAUUAUUAUUGUCAUAAUAGUCAUUAAUAAUGUCAUUACUGACAUUAGAAUUUUCAUAAUUAAUGUCAUUAAUGUCAUUAAUUAUGUCAUUAUUGCUCAUUAUUAAUGCCAUAACUGUCAUUAUAAUUUACAUUAUUAUCAUUAUAAUUGUCAUAAUUUAUGUCAUCAAUGUCAUUAUUAAUGUCAUUCAUGGCAUUAUGAAUGUCAUAAUCGGUGGGUCAACACACUUAUUCUUAUUGAUAACCUUAAUAAUGUCAUUAUUGUCAUUAUUAAUGUCAUUAUUGUCAUUAAAAUUGUCAUUAAUGUCAUUAUUAAUGACAUUAUUAAAUCAAUAUUGUCGUUAUUAAUGUCAUUAUUGCUAAUAUUAUUGUCAGUAAUGCUAUUAUUAAUGGCAUUAUUUUUGUUCUUAAUGUCAUUAUUUAUGCCAUUAAUGUCAUUAUUAUUGUCAUUACUGUUGUUAUUUUUGUGUUUAUUGUGAUGACCAAUGUCACUUCUGUUAUUAGGGCCAUGGGGCAAACGCACUAAGGCACUGGCCCCUAUACAGAAGUAUAGGGCGAAGCCACGAAGCACUAUUAUUAUACUGUGAAUUUUACCUAUUCUUCUCCCAGACAAAUUUGGAUUUGCUGUUAGUCCUACAGCUUAAUGAAUUGUAUGACAAAUAAUAUAAAACAUCUACUUGCAUACUUUUACCUACAGACUCUUCAAACUUUUAAUAUCUGGGAUAAGUGUAUUUGGCUUCAUCAUAUUAAAUAAACCCACCUCAACUUUUCAGAAACUUUGCUGUUUGUUUGGUAGAAGCAGAUGAACAUCUCUGUGUGCUGUUUAACCUGACCUUCAUGAUCCCCUGCAGUCAAGUGUAUACAGAGUGUGGUGACCUCACUGUUGUCUGUUAUUUCUUGUUUGUCUUGCAGUGAAAUGUGUGAAGAGUGUGCCGGCAUACCUAGCAGAGCGUCUGUAUGAGAGCAUGAAGGUGAAUUCUCUGUUUUGACUCAUUUGUACACAGGUUCUGCAGAAAUUUGACUGUGAUGUUGUGUUCACACCAUGUGUGAAUAAAAUCAUCUCAUUGGCAUCAACCUAUGUUGUGACCUUCAGCAGAAUGAAGAACACUGUUUACCUCCUCCUGUUUUCUGCUAAGCAGCUGUACUUCACCUUGGUUCAACUCAAACCUCUCUCUGCAUCUGAGUACUUUAAUAAUUUGGUUUCCCUCCGUUUUCUGUGGGGUACUUAUUUUGACUCUCUGACCCUUCCCUUCCAUCUCAGUCCCUCCUACCAGACCUGCAUGGAAAAAAGGGAGGAAAGAAAAGAGACAUAAAGAACCUUUCCUCUGAGGAGUCACAUGACAGGAAGUCUGUUUGUCAGCUGAUCACCUCUGUUUCAUCUGCUGAGAUUUUUCUGUAUGAAUUUUAAGGUUAAAUUAAACUUCCCUGAGCAGGACAUUUUGGGUUAUUUUACAGGCUCUGCAGUUGGUGGCUCCAAUUUUUACCCUCCUUUGCCUGAUAUGAAACUCCUCUGGGGUGUGGAGUGGACAGAUUAUAUCCUCUAAACACUCAAUAGCUCAGUAAAUAUUUGCUCCUCAGUUUUUCCAGCCCAACCCGAGGCUCUCCAUCUGUUUCAGAUGUAGAUCAGACUCUGAGAAACUCCUGAGACUGAGCUCAGACCAGAGAGAGGAUUUAAACUAAAACCACAAGAGGGAAAGGUUAUAUAUUCAUGUGUGUGUGUGUGUGUGUGUGUGUGUGUGUGUGUGUGUGUGUGUGUGUGUGUGUGUGUGUGUGUGUGUCCACUCAUUCAGGGUGGAGGAACAGAUGAGUGGACUCUGAACAGGAUCAUGGUGAGUCGCUCUGAGAUCGACCUGUUGGAUAUCCGAGCUGAGUUUAAGAAGAGGUACAAGUACUCGCUGCACUCGGCCAUUGAGGUAAGAAACGUUUGCCUGAAGGUUUAGUCUACUGAUGAUUUGAGUCUGUCUGCUGUGUCAACGUCGAUGAUUAUUCUUUUAUAACUCUGAGGAAACACACACAGAACCAGAACCCUGGUUUGGAUUUGUUUUCUGGGUCCAUGAAGACUAUUCUCAGAAUAUUCAGACUGGAAGAAUAGAAGAUAACAUGAUUGUGACUUAUGUACUUACAACAUGUUGACUAUAUUAAUGUAAACUAGGACUAAACUUAUGUAGCAAUUUAAAUUUAUAAUUAAUGUCCUAAGAUUAAUAAUUGAUCAUAAUUUUAAAUUAAGAUAUUUAUGCACUUAUUAAAAGGGGUACCACCCACCUUUAAUGGCAGGAAAAUAAAGAAAAGCAAAAGUUUAAUUCAGAAAUUAAACAUUAAGUCAAUCUUAAAUCAAUCUUGAAUCAAUCUCAUAUCUUGAGCCAAAAUUCUCACUCUGCUUCUGAAAGAACACUAACAGACCUGAACUUAGAAAAAUGAAUGAUGGUACAACAUACAUACAAUAAAUGAUGAUAAGAUAAUGAGGACAAAUAAAAAUAGAUGAAUGAAUGAGUCAGGCUAUAACUACUAAAGGUAAUGAUAGUGAGUGAAUAUGCUCUAACAUAUUAACCUGAAUUAACUUUGGUGUCCAGAUAAAUUUGGAUGUGGAUGAAUUUGGGAUCACUCAAAUAAGUGAAUAUUUGAAUUAUGAACGCAUGAGACAGCAUCAGCCCUGUACUUAAGUGAGGCUGGUACUUGGAGAGGAUGGAGAGGGUUCACUGAAGGUCUAGCUUACUGGCAGUUUGAGAGUUUUGGCUCAGCAGAGGACCAGAGUCAGCUGAGAGAUGGGCCAGGGGUCACAGCAUGCAGGCCUAAAUGCAGAACCAGUGCCUUUAGUAUCCUGUGGAUGCUCCUUUGGUCUCACUGCAAAACUCUGGCACAGAGGAUGCCUUUGGGCCUGCUGUGUGGCAUUCAGAGGUGACUUGAAAAAUCACUCUGAGAACUAAGAAGAAGAAGCUUGAUGGCCAGUCAAUACUAUUUGAAAAUUGACAGUGAAAUUAAAGAAAAAUAAGUUAAAGACUUUAAUCUUGAAACGCUAUGUGUACAAAAAAAUAGUUGAAGUUUCAAAACUUGAACUAAGAUGGUGUUAAAGAAAAUCAAACAACAUUAAUAUACAGGUGGCGUAAAACUUGAAAAACUUGGCAGGAAAAAUGACAAAAGUAGAAGGGCAUGAGGAAAAGGUAAGACCAAGCGUAAGAGUAAGACAAAAAGACUGAGAGUGUAAGAGAAAGAGGAAAGUGAAAAGUCAAGAGAGUGAGAGGUGACGAGCAUAAGAGAAAGAGGGCACCCCAACUUUAGUGGUUUUAUGUUCUUCAAACUGUGAGUGUCUCUGGGGUGUGUGUGUGUGUGUGUGUGUGUGUGAGGGAAGAGAGGAGGGGUUGCUGGUGUCCUGCUGCAGCGUCUUUAGAGAAUCCCUUCAGGAUAUCGGAUUAUUUGAUCCAACUUAUACUUAUGGCUGGUAAAGGAGUCAAAUCUAAAACUUACUCACUAUGAUUAAUGUUAUUUAAUGCUUGGUUCAUAAUAAAUGUUUUGAUACAAACACAUAUAUAAAGAAUUGUGGAAUCACAUUAACAAACAUUGUCAUUAUGCUUUGAGUAUCACUUUUUAAAGAACAUUGAUCAUGUUAAAAUAACUGAAAUGAAACAGAUAGUAAGACAUAGAAACUUUGAAUAACAAAAGGGUAAACACAUGUAAAUGAACUUCAUAACAAUGAUUCUAUAUACUAACAUUCAGAUUAUUAAAUGAAAGUAUAACUACCUAAUGGUUAACAGUGCUAAACAAAUGAUUAGAAUAUAAACUAUACAUUUCUACACUAUUUCUACAAGUAAAGGGUUAUAAUUCAAACAUAUUAAUUUCGACAGUAAAUUAAUAAACAAUUUGGAAAGCUGUUGACCUUAGGGAACUUUAAGACUGAAGGAUUUAUUUUGUCAGUGUGAGAUCAUGGCUUUUGAACAUGAUAGGCUACUGGGACAAAGACUGUUUAGUGUUAGUGUUGAGUACUGACAGAAGAUCAUUGUGCAGUGUCCAUCCAACCUGUAAUCAGACUAUUUGUACUUAUUCUCUUUGGAUUGUGCCAGUGGCGGCUGGUCCAUAGAGGGCGCUAGGGCCCUCUCUCUCACAACAUGUUUCUACACAGCCCGUCAUUCUAAUAAAACAUUUUUUUUAAUGACUUAUAUGUAAAUCCUGUGUUUUAGAAAAGAAAAUUGAAUAAUAUAGUCUGAAGAGAGGUAUUGAAAGUAUAACUUGUAGUAAAAAAGUCAGUUUAGAAAUGUCCUACAUUGCCUACAGUUAUUAACAGUGUUGUUAUAGUUACUGUUUAACAGGCCUGAAUGAGAUAUAGCACACACACACACACAGGUCCUAGCAUGGUGGAGCUCUUUAACUUUUAGGUUUUUAUCUUAUUUACUGCCAUAACUAUUUAUUUGUUGUCAUAGCUAUUUAUUUUGAUGAAAACUCUUGUGUGUCCUGUGGUAUCUGUUGCUGCUGUGACAAUAUGAAUUUCCCCUUUGGGGAAUCAAUAAAGUUUUAUUCUAUUCUGUUCUAAUAGUUGACGUAUAUCCAGCCAGGGGUGCACAAAUCUUUCCCCAUUGACUCUCGUUAUAACUUUGACAUGCGCAGUUCGUUCCUCUUCAAUACAGCAGAUAUUGCCCCGCUGUCUCUCUCUGGUAGCUUUACUUUACUGCUUUUCACCACUGACCAUGGGGUGGCAGCAGAGAGUGAGUGGUUUGUUCACCUGCUUGCCUGUAAAUACAACCAUCAAGCAAAUGACGUUGAACGCAUAGUGUCAGGGUAAUUAGCAAGCAAGAUUUUUAGCAGUCACAGGGAGAGCCGAAAAAGGAGAGAAUGGAGCUAAAAGUCAGCCUGUUAGCAAGAACCUUGAAAAAGGUUUUUCUUCCACACUGAGUAAGGAGAUGGUGCGGAACUGCGUGAUGUCACUCGCAUCCUUCUCGUUCGGAAUCCAGACACCGUCAGCAUGUCUCUUCUGCUUGGGUACCUUCCCCCUCCGCCAUACUGCUCUGAUAAGUCUCCACAGCCUCUCCAAGAGACUUGGGCAGUGUUUGUACACUCUGUAUGGCACUCCACUGGGCCCUCGAGCAGCACUGGCCUGUGCAGCUCUGAUUGUUUCCUCUCACCUCUGCCAGAGUGGGCUCUUUGGCGUUAAACUGGAUGGAGGGUUCUGGUGGUCUAUUAAGCUCCCUGCAGGGCGGCAGCUCUUCCUCCCUUCUCCUGUCGCUGUAUGCAUUGCUGAGGUGCUGAUUGAUUUCCUCUUCUGGGCAAACAAGACUUUCGCUGCGCUUUUGCUCCAGAAGCUGUUUGGUGAAACCAAAUGGAUGCUAUUGCUAUAAAGGCAGUCCGCUUGCGAGCCUUCUCUCUGCCCCUUCUCCUGUGCCACUCAGCUCGUUGGAGGGAGAGGACCUUCUUUCUCAAUUUGUUCCGGAGCUCAGUCAGGGCAGGUUUCUCCUCUUCUUUCGCCUUCCUAAACUGCUGUUUCAGGAACUUCAGUUCUUUCCUGAGUUUGGUGAUCUCAGCCUCAGGCUGGUUUGGCUUGAUGAGGAUCUUGGCCUUCGGUUGUUUGAUGCCAAACCUCUCAGCACCAAUACUGAUAAUUAGCAUGCACAUCAAGUGGAGAUGCUGAUCAACUCCUCCCCUUGAUGAUGCUUCUAAGGCGGUAUCCACAUCCUCAUUGAACUGGCGCCACUUGGUCUCCUUGUGUGCGGCAGGCUAUAAGACUUGGCAGUGUUCAGACGAUCUGCUAGGUGCAGCAUGCAGGGCCUGGAGGUUCUGGACACUGUGGGGUGAUUCCGGGACCUGCUCCUCCUCCGCCUCACCAGGGGCAGUGCUGAGCACUAGCUCUGUGCGUUGAUCUGCUUGCUUCCUCCUUGUGCAGCCCAUCUUAGUCUGGUGGCUCUUCAGACCUCUCAAGUUCUUACAGGACUUGCCGCAAAAACAGGUUGCUCUCGUUGUCAAUAAUCCAUUGCUCAUGUCUUGCAAUAAAUGAUCCUGUCUUUGUCUCCUUGACAUGGGAAGGAUAAAAUGUUUGUCCUUUUGAGAAGGUUGUCUGGAAUAAAGACAGGAGGUUGUAGAAAAAAUGUUAUUUGGUGUUAGGUUUACACCAUCUCUUCUUUGGUGAUCAGAUGUAAGCCUUACAUUCCUUUGGGGUUGAGAAAGUGGUUGUCUCUGCUACACUUAUCAAUCUAUCCUGGUAAAUUAGUGGAGACCUGAAGAGGUACUAACCUGCACUAACCCUGAGCUGGAGUGCAGCAGUCUAAGAGAACUGGACUGUCUGCACACUGAGAGGGAUUCACAAAAAAUGGACUGCAGCUGUUUAUCGCACCAAGAAAUGCAUGUCACUGACCCUGUUGUCUGCUUAGUCUAAAGGUCUGAGCACAAAGCUUUUGCACAGAGCUAAACUGCGAGGUCUCGUCCUGACAGAGAUCAGAUCUGUACAAAGCAGCAUGUUCAGAGAUAAAGAAAUAAGUUGAGCGUGACAGUGCAGGCCCUCUGUGCUGAGACUGAGGCUGAUUUACCCUCGAAUGAUAAGCGCUCUGAAGUCAAAGUCAUGUCAGCAGAAGUUUGUACUGAAAGAUUAUUUUGGGGUCAUUUAGCAAGGGGAAUGUUUGCACCAAUAAAUGUAUAUUGACUGGUGUAAGUUAAUGCUAACAGCAGUGGUGCACAGUGAUGCUGUUUGUGGAGCAGUUUGUGGUACAUUUAAACCAUCUGUGUGCUUUGUGUAUCAGUCCUGCACAGAUUUCGCAGGCGCAAAAACUGCACAGCCCUGAAUGUUCUGACUGCUUAGACUGUGACAGUGGUCAGUCUUGGCCUAACUGGUCUUGGUGGUGUGUUCUCCUGGUCUGUGGUUGUGUCUUUCAGUCUGAUCUGUCGGGGGAACUUGGAGAAGCUUUGAAGGUCAUCUGUGGAGGAGACGACUAACUAAAACCUGAGCUCACCUGAGACAAAAGUAACCAGCCUAACCCUCACCUGUCUUCUCUCACUCUUUCUUCACCCUCAGACUAAUGUCUAAUUACCACAGCUAUCAGGCAAAACACGGAGGCUCACCCGUACAGAUGUGGAUACCUGUGGAUCAGUUUGUCUUUUUGAAUCAUGAUUUUAAGUAUACACAGAUACACCUGUAGAUCACCUGUAGCUUACCUGUAAAUCACCUGUAUCUCCCCUGAUACUUACAUGUUACUCACCUGAAGCUCCCUUGCUGCUUGCAUGGAGCUCACCUGUAGAUCUCCUGUUGCUCACCUGUAGCUGGCGUAUAGCUGCCAGCUCACUUGUAGAUAAGGUUGACUGUAUUUUGAUGACCAAAAACCAGGACAGGACAUUAAGAUAGGACAUGUCCUGGGCAAACGGGACAUUUGGUCACCCUCCCUGGAGAUCACCUGUAGCUUACCUGUAGCCAGCAUGUAGCUCACCUGUUGCUCCCCUGCUGCUUGCAUGUGAUUCACCUGCAGUUGGUGUGUAGCUCACCUAAACCUCCUCUGCCGCUUUUGCAUGUAGAUCACCUGUAUCUCACCUGUAGCUCCCCUGUUGCUUGCACAAAGCUCACCUGUUGUUCACCUGUAACAUCCCUGCUGAUUGCAUGUAGCUCACCUGUAGCUCAUCUGUAACAUCCCUGCUGCUUGCAUGUAGCUCACCUGUAGAACAUGACGUGUGUAGCUCACCUAAAGCUCCCCUGCUGCUUUUGCAUGUCUCUCAUCAGUAACUCCCCUGCUGCCUGCAUGAAGCUCCUCUGCUGAUUUCAUGUAGCUCACCUCUAGCUUGUCUGCAGCUUGCAUGUAGCUCACUUGUAGAACAUGACGUGUGAAGUUCACCUAAAGGUUCCCUGCUGCUUUUGCAUGUCUCUCACCCGUAACUUCCUGCUGCCUGCAUGAAUCUCACCUGAAGCUCCUCUGCUAAUUGCAUGUAGCUCACCCAUAGCUUACCUGCAGCUUGCAUGUAGCUCACAUGUAGAACAUGACGUGUGUAGCUUACUUAAAGCUUCCCUGCUGCUUUUGCAUGUCUCUCACCUGUAACUUCCCUGCUGCCUGCAUGAAGCUGACCUGAAGCUCCUCUGCUGAUUGCAUGUAGCUCACCUGUAGCUCACCUGCUGCUUGCAUGUGGCUCACCUGUAACAUUCCUGCCGCUUGCAUGUAGAUCACCUGUAUCCCAUCUAAAGCUCCUCUGCUGAUUGCAUGAAUCUCACCUUAAGCUCCUCUUCUGCUUGCAUGUAGGUCACCUGUAGCUCACAUGUAACUCCCCUGCUGCUUGCAUGUAAUUCUCCUAAAGCUUCCCUGCAGCUUGUGUAUAGCUCACCUGUGGCUCACCCGUUAAUUACUUACUGAAGCUGUGGUCUAUCUGUCUGUGUUUUAGUCUGAUUGUGGAGGAGAUUAUGCAAAAUCUCUGCUGAAGAUCUGUGGAGGAGAUGACGACUACUGACUGCAGCACCUGAUCCUGUCUAUACAUCAUUUUAUCAGUUUAAUACAGAUUUACACUCAGUCUUCUUAUUAUCACAUGUAAUCUGAAUAUUUAUGAG